AAAAAUGGAAGCGUGGAGAAUUGGAGCGCAGACAAAGCAAUAGAUUACUCUAUCCAACGCAUACAGUGGCGCAAAGCAGCGCGUGAAGGCUCGCGUAAGGUCCAUUUUCAGAAUCUCGCAUUCGCACAUGGCCUGCCUGCCGGCCUUCUUCACUCCUACAUUCAUUCAUCAAAUUCUGCAUCUAAGUUUUUACAUUUCACUUUCCCAUUAGGAAAAAACCAUCAAAAACACCAACUGUAAAGGAACAAAGGGGAAAAAUACCGUGUGUUUAUCUGCUAUUUCCAGCGCAGCUUCCAUUUCUGUCUCAUCUACUCAAGUUUCUUCCAUUUUUGUUUCUGGGUUUUGCUUGGUAUGAUGAAUUAUUGAUUCCCAUUGAUCGAAAAGGAGAUUUAGAGAUCUGGGUCUUGUGAUUUUGUUAGGGUUUUUUUCUGGGUUUUGCUUGGCAAGAUGAAUUACUGAUUCCCUUUGAUCGAAGAGGAGAUUUAGAGAUCUGGGUCUUGUGAUUUUGUUAGUUUUCUUUUCUGGGUUUUGCUUGGCAUGAUGAAUUACCGAUUCCCAUUGAUUGAAGAAGAGAAUUAGAGAUCUGGGUCUUGUGAUUUUGUUGGUUUUUCUUCUUGAUUUCUGGGUUUCUGAAUGUCUCGAACACCGAAUUAUGAGUUCCAAGAAUGGUGGAACAAGCAAAGAGACAGGAACCAUGACGAACUCUUGCUGGAAAAGUCCGACAACUUAUCGACUUCGCCUGCAUUUCUCUCCGUUGAGAUCCGGAGUUCUGGGAGCCCUGGAGAUCGGAUGGCCGAUAAGGACCGAGCGAGGACCAGGAGUGCCCGCCAGAUUUCGUGGGUUUGGCUGUUGAAAUUCCAGCAGAUUGCUGGUUCAUUGGCUUCAAUCACGAAUGGUAUCGUUUAUCUAGUCCGCACUGCCAAUCGUCGGAUUUCAUCGCCCGAUUCACCAGCUGAUUCAGCCACGUCUCGGCUCUACAGGAUUAUCAAAGUGUUCUUGAUUGUAGUGCUUCUAUUGCUCGUUUUUGAGCUUGUGGCGUACUUCAAUGGCUGGCAUUUCAGCCCCCCUUCUGUGAGUUCUGCUUCUGCGGAGGUGCUUGGAUUCAUAGGGUUUCUCUAUGCUAAUUGGCUUCAGAUUCGGGGAAAUUACCUGUCUCCAUCGCUGCAAUGCUUGAUCAAUCUAUGCAUUGUAUUGUUCCUGAUCCAGUCAGUGGAUCGUUUGCUUCUAAUGCUGGGGUGUUUUUGGAUCAAGUUCAGGCGAUUGAAGCCCGUUGCGGCGUUCGAGUACUCUUCCACGGGCGAAAACGCUGCUAGUCCUGAGGAUUAUCCAAUGGUAUUGGUGCAGAUUCCCAUGUGCAACGAGAGGGAGGUUUAUCAACAAUCUAUUGCAGCUGUUUGUAUCCAGGACUGGCCAAAGGAUAAAAUGCUCAUACAGGUUUUAGAUGAUUCUGAUGAGCUAGAUGUUCAACAACUUAUCAAGGCUGAAGUACAAAAAUGGCAACAGAGAGGUGUCCGGAUAUUGUAUAGACACCGCCUCAUACGUACGGGCUACAAGGCAGGGAAUCUCAAAUCUGCCAUGGGGUGCGAUUACGUUAAAGAUUACGAGUUCGUGGCCAUCUUUGAUGCAGAUUUUCAGCCUGGACCAGACUUUUUAAAGAAAACUAUUCCACAUUUUAAGGGGAAUGAUGAACUUGCAUUGGUCCAAACAAGGUGGUCGUUCGUGAACAAGGACGAAAACUUGCUCACGAGAUUGCAGAACAUAAAUCUAUCCUUCCAUUUCGAGGUCGAGCAGCAAGUUAAUGGCAUGUUCAUCAAUUUCUUUGGUUUCAAUGGAACUGCUGGAGUCUGGAGAAUUAAAGCUCUGGAAGAAUGCGGGGGCUGGUUAGAAAGAACAACGGUCGAGGACAUGGAUAUUGCAGUCCGUGCUCAUCUUUGUGGCUGGAAAUUCAUAUAUCUAAAUGAUGUGAAGUGCCUUUGUGAACUUCCAGAAUCAUACGAAGCGUACAAGAAACAACAGCACCGGUGGCAUUCGGGCCCGAUGCAGCUAUUUCGUUUGUGCUUCUUUGAUGUACUGAAAUCAAAGGUGAGCUGGAAGAAGAAAGCUAAUUUGAUCUUUCUGUUCUUCCUCUUGCGAAAGCUCAUCCUUCCCUUCUAUUCCUUUACCUUAUUCUGCAUAAUUCUCCCCCUUUCCAUGUUCCUUCCAGAAGCUCAUCUUCCAGCUUGGGUUGUUUGCUAUGUGCCCGGAAUCAUGUCCAUCUUAAAUAUUCUUCCUGCACCGCGUUCGUUUCCGUUCUUAGUCCCCUAUCUUCUAUUCGAAAACACUAUGUCCGUUACCAAAUUCAAUGCCAUGAUAUCGGGGUUGUUCCGCUUUGGAAGUUCGUAUGAAUGGAUAGUAACAAAGAAACUAGGAAGAUCAUCUGAAAACAAUCUUGUUGCUUUGGAAAAAGAACUAGAACCUCUAGUUGAGGGUACGAGUCUUCAUCGAUCUUCCUCGGAAUCAGGUCUGCAGGAAUUGACCAAGCUCGAGAUAUCGAAAAAAGUAGGGAAAAACAAACGAAAUCGUCUGUACAGGAAGGAAUUGGCUCUUGCAGUCAUUUUGUUGACUGCCUCAGUGAGAAGUCUGCUGUCUGCUCAAGGAAUUCACUUCUACUUCCUAUUGUUUCAGGGUAUCUCUUUUCUGGUAGUGGGUCUUGAUUUAAUUGGAGAGCAGGUCAGUUAAAUUUUGUUGUUAAGAUUUUGGAGUUAGUUCAUGCAGAUAGGUUACUUACAGGUCAUCUGUGACCUACGCAGAACCAUAGUAGUUCAGUUAGUGUUCUUAAGCUCAUUUGCUCUCGAUUGACACUGUUGAUCACUUCUUGCUCGUGUAUUUGAGAUCAGCGUCGUAGUCUUGAUCGAUUCAAGUCGAGCAAAUGAUGUGAAAUGGUUAAGUUAUAGAGGGGAAAAAGAGGAGCAUGAAACUGUGGGGAAAGAUUGUGAUAAAAUAGAACAUUGUAUACAUGCAAGUGUCAAGAACAGGAUGUUCCGAGGUUAGAGGAACCUUUAUUCUUUAUUUAUGUCGAACUCAUGAUUUCUGUACCAUGAACUUAUAAUUUCAUUGUAUGUGUUGAAAUUCAUUGAUGUUGUGAAA